UCUAAAUAAAAAAAGAAAGAGGUGGAAUUAAAUAAUGCAUAAACUUAGAACGGGACAGAUGAAACCAAUAAAUGACACAAAUCUACUCCUCAAUUCUUCAUCCCAUUACUAUCAUAACACAUCUUUCUUAUAACCUUCUCCCAUUUCUUCCAUGUUUCAUUUUCUUCAAUCCCCAAAUCAAUCUUCAAUCUUCAAUCUUCAAUCCCCUUUUUUUCCUGCAAUUUUUCAAUCUUUCCCAUCAAUUUCAUCAAUGUCAGACUCUGAAUUCCAUUGAAAUUUUUUUUUUCAAAUUUCUUUUCCUUGACUUUUACAUGUUCUUUUUAGUUUAACUUUAAGAUACCUAAAUCAAUUUUCAAUCUCUAAGUUUCCUUCUGUUUUCCUUUCAAUUUUAGUGGGAUUUUCCUGGAAUUACGCUACUAGUCGUCUUCUGUCAGCAAUUUUUUCCUAAUCCAGCUGAUUUUUUCCAUUUUUAAUCACUUAUUUUCAUCCGAAAAUCUCGUUUUCCCUAAUUUCUCUCCUUUGUUUUGAUUAUCUUCUUAUUACCUUUCAUAUUUUUUUUUGAAUUUAGGGAGACAAUCACCAUCUCCCUCUAUCCAUUCAUCAAUCAAUCAAUCAAUUAAUCAUGGUGAUGGAAAACCCAUCAAUGCAUUCUAACUUGGAUUGUUUCCUUCAUUGCACUACUCCUGUUGUUUCUUCACAAUCCCUUCCCAAGUCAGAGAUUAGAAGCUUGAAUAAACUAUGGCAUCCAUGGGAAAGAGAAAAUGUGGAGUUCUUCAGAUUGACUGAUCUUUGGAAAUGUUAUGAUGAAUGGAGUGCUUAUGGUGCAGGUGUUCCCAUUCUUGCUGAUAGUGGUGAAACUCUUGUUCAAUAUUAUGUUCCUUCUCUAUCUGCUAUCCAGAUUUUCACCAGUUCUCCUUCUCCUCCUCUUUUCAGGGAAUAUACAGAUUCUGCAGAUGGUGAGAUGAGAGAUUCAUGUAGUGAGUCUUGUAGUGAUGAGAGUGAAUUAUGGAGAUGGGAUGGAUGCUCCUCGGAAGAAGGAUCCGGAUCCGGAUCUGGAGGGUUUGAGCAAGAAAGUAUGUGGCAAUUGAAUGAUCGUUUAGGUUAUCUUUAUUGUCAAUACAUUGAGAGAUCAACUCCUUAUGCUAGAGUUCCUCUUAUGGACAAGAUAACUGAAUUAGCUCGUAGAUAUCCUGGAUUAAUGUCAUUACGAAGUGUUGAUCUUUCUCCAGCUAGUUGGAUGGCUGUUGCCUGGUACCCAAUAUAUCACAUUCCAAUGGGAAGAACCAUUAAAGACUUGUCUGCUUGUUUCUUGACUUACCACACCCUUUCAUCUUCUUUCCAAGAUAUGGACCAUGAUGAUGAUGAUAUGGAAUGGAUAAAGACGAGAAAGGAAGGUGAAGGUAUUCCUCUUCCUUCAUUUGGUCUUGCUACUUACAAAAUGCAAGGAACUUUAUGGGUCUCGGGUCGAGCCGGAGCGGACUAUGAUAGAGUUGUGUCACUUUCAAGUGUGGCUGAUUCAUGGCUUAAGCAACUCAAAGUUCAACAUCAUGACUUCAAUUUUUUCAAUGGAAUUAGGCGUGGUUGAUGAAUGAUGAUGAUGAUGAUCAUACUUUCUAAUUUCUAAUACCCAUAUAGUCUAAAUUGACCCCACAAGAGUUUUUCCACAUUUAACUUGAUUUUUCUUUUUUUUUUUUCUUGUUCUUUUAAAAAACUUGCUUUUAAGUGUCGAUGUAGCAUGGGUGAACUACUACCACUCUGUCCGAGUUGUUUUGCUACAUUUAUAUUGGAAAAUGAGCGGAUCUGAGUAGUACUGAUUAGUGAGGAUUUAACGAUGAAUUUGGCUUCGUGUUGCGUUGAUGGACCCUAUAACUAAUGGGCCGAGGCCCGAGAAUUGUUGGUAAGAUCAUGGGAGGUUGUUGGGUGAUGUAAUGUAAUUGAAGGUCCAUAAAAUUCUGUUAUAGAGAAGAUGUAAAGUUUCAUGCAUGGAUUUAGUGGUUGUAAUUUGUAUAUUCCCUUUUACAUUGUAAUGGAAUCCAUGUCCUAUGCUUUGUAAA